GUAACGUUUGGAACUCGUCAAAGUGAUCGUCGUUGCUAAAAACAAACCAACUGAACUUCGGUACAAAACGGGAAGUGUAAAGCACAAACAGCGACAACAGGGAAUGAAACGGAAAUAAGUAAAAAGUGGAAAUUUAAAUUUCUAGUGUGAUUGAUAGUAGAGAAGGGAAUAAAAUAAAAUCAUUGUGUGACAACCAAUUAAUUGUUGCAAUUGAGAAGUGUGCUUACAUGCAAUUUUUGCACCACGUUAAAUGAUUGUUUGAAGAAAACAAAAAUAAAAACAAUCAACAAUGCAAAAUUAAUAAUAUACCUUCGAAAGGUUUAAGAGUGUUUACUUAUUUUUAUGUGAUUAACAUAAGAAGAAUAAAAGAAGUGAUUUAAUGCUGUUGUUGUUGCGAAGUUUUGUACCUUUUGUUAACUUGGCUGAAAUUGGCCAGCAAAAAACAAAACGACAACAAUCGAAAAAGCAGUUUUAACCGGAUUCCUCGGUAUUAAUGUGAACCUUGAUUGCUGAAUACAUUUUUGUUUUAUAAAAAUACAAGACAAAGCUUAUUUUUACACGAAUACACUUCACCAUCAACAUCAUCAGUAACUUCUUCUUGGAAUUUAAAUUGUUUUGUGGACAACGUCUUCAAACACCAUCAAACGAACAGAUACGCUGCCAACACAAUAAUAUCAAUCCUAAAUUCAAACUAACAUGACAACGCCACAUGUAAAUCCCGCCUUUAUUGGAGACGAUGGCAUUGACGAUAUGGGAAUGCCAUAUAAAAUGAAAAAUUCAAAUAGCGAGCCGCCUCCCAAAGAACCCAAGGAACGUGAACAAUGGGGUAAAGGUGUGGAAUUUCUUAUGUCCUGCAUAGCAAUGUCCGUGGGUCUGGGCAAUGUGUGGCGUUUUCCUUUUACAGCACUGGACAAUGGAGGAGGAGCAUUUCUGAUACCAUACCUUGUCGUAUUGUUUUUGGUUGGUAAACCCAUCUACUAUUUGGAAAUGAUCAUAGGGCAAUUUUCAAGUCGAGGUUCGGUGAAGGUUUUCGACCUGUGUCCUGCCAUGAGAGGCGUUGGAAUUGGCCAGGUAUUUUCCAUUUCAAUGGUCACCACUUAUUAUGUGGCCAUUAUGGGGAUGACUAUGCGUUAUCUCUUCGAUUCAUUUAGAUAUACAUUGCCCUGGUCACAGUGCGAUGAUUCUUGGAAUGCGGUAUGCGUUGCCUCCAUCGAGAAAAAUACUGCUCAUGUUCUAUACAAUACCACCGAAAGUUUCAGUGUUCGAUUGAACUCAUCUCAGCCAAUCUCAUUGAAUAAUCUCACUGGCAUAGAUACCUUAAAACCUAACAAGCCCACAUCAUCAGCGGAAUUGUACUUUAUCAAGGAAGUCCUGAGAGAAAAGAAGAACAUUAACGAUGGCAUUGGCUUACCCAACUGGGAACUUGUGUUUGGCUUGUUCGUAUCAUGGCUCUGUGUGUUUGCCAUUAUCAUCAAAGGUGUCAGAAGUUCCGGCAAGGCGUCAUAUUUUUUGGCCAUAUUUCCCUAUGUUAUUAUGGCUGUACUGUUGAUACGUGCAGUGACAUUACCAGGAUCUUUGGAUGGCAUUAUAUACUUUAUCAAACCCGACUGGAGUAAAAUUCUGGAUCCUACGGUUUGGUAUGCAGCAGUUACACAAUGUUUCUACUCCCUUUCGGUGUGUUUCGGCAACAUCAUCAUGUAUUCCUCCUACAAUAAAUUCGGUCAUAAUGUUCAUCGUGAUGCCACCAUUGUGACAGGAUUGGAUACUUGCACCUCAUUAUUGGCUGGAUUUACGAUAUUUGGCAUUUUGGGACAUUUGGCCCACGAAAUAGGCACCGAUGACAUUCGGAGUGUGGUCAAGGGUGGUGCUGGUUUAGCUUUCAUAUCAUAUCCCGAUGCCAUUGCAAAAUUCCAAAGUUUACCGCAAAUUUUUUCGGUGCUAUUCUUUUUGAUGUUGUUCGUAUUGGGAAUUGGCUCGAAUAUAGCCAUGACUUCGUGUACCGUUACGGCGGUUAGGGAUUAUUUCCCCAAAGUCAAACAAUGGCAAUGCGCUUUGGGCAUAGCCACUGUGAGUUUCUGCAUUGGCCUGGCCUAUGUGACGCCAGGCGGUCAGUUCAUUUUGACGCUGGUUGAUUAUUUUGGUGCCUCCAUGAUUGCUCUAUUUUUGGGCAUUGCAGAGCUGUAUGUCUUGGGUUGGGCUUAUGGCGUAGAUCGCCUCUGCAAAGAUGCCGAGUUCAUGAUGGGCCGCAAAGUAGGUGCCUACUGGCGUUUGUGUUGGGGAGUAGUGACACCCGUCAUUAUGACCUCUAUAUUGGUGUACUUCCUGGCCACUUACACUCCCUUGAAAUACAAUGAUGCAGUCUAUCCAUCGUGGGCAUAUGGCAUUGGAUGGACCAUCACCAGCUUUGGCAUACUCCAAGUACCCAUAUGGAUUGUAGUAGGCACCAUUCGUGCUCCGGGUUCAUCAUGGACAAUGAAGUUGAAGAAUGCCUUCAAACCCACAAACGACUGGGGACCCUCGGAUCCUCUGUUGCGGGAGCAGUACAAUAAAGAGAUUGCCAACGAAGCGAUAAGCAACCAGAAUCUUGGUUGCCUAGGCUACAUUCGAAAGAAUAUCUUUGGUUGAGGACUAACGAAGCACAAAGUAUUAGAACUAAUUUAAUAUAUAUUUGUAUUUAAGCUUUUAUAAGAAACACAUGAGUGCAUCGCCUUGAUACCACACAAAUAAACUUGCCAAAUGUACUUAGAAAAAAGUGAAAAAUAUUCGUAUCUAUACCUAAUGUGCAAAAUUUAUGCUAAGUUUCAUUGUAUAUAAGUAAAGAAAUUGUUAAUAAAAAAAAAAAAAUAAAGUAUUUAAA